GUUCACUCGAGAGUCGUUCAAGCAACUUUCAAUGUCGUAGCCUGGAAAGAUUGACAUGAGGAAUGCCUUGGGCGUUUGCUGGACAUAUUUGUGCUCCUUAUUCAGGAAAUUCAGUGCUACCGCUCGAAUCUGACGACCCUUUCAAUCGCAGCGGGAAUCAAGACGGGUGCAUCUUUUGCCGUGUAUCGCUCGAUACUGGCUUCGACAUUGUUUGGGAGGAUGAAGAGUUCGUGGUAUUUCGGGAUCGUGAACCAGCGUCCCGCCCACCACCUGCUUGUCUCCCCUCGGCAACACAUUGAUAGUGUGAAGUCGCUGUCGAAAGCUGAUGCCAGCCUGGUGAGACACAUGGCUCAAAUAAGUCAUCGGCUCUUGGAUGACCUACAUGUCCCGGUGCAUGAUCGCCGUCUCGGGUUUCAUAUACCCCUUUUCUACUCAGUCUCGCACCUCCAUUUGCAUGUGCAAGGUCUAUCAUAUCGCUCCAUGAUGUGCUCCUUGAAAUAUCCUAUUUGUAGCGGCGAAAAACAUCACUCGAAAGGUUUGAGUUGGUUUGUUGAGGCUGAACAAGCAGUUGAAAUUUUAGAACAGGGUGGCAGAGUCGGGGUUCUGCCUUGCUAAAUGAAAAGAAUGAAAAUUUCGAGACCAAUUGUGAGGUCUGUUACGUAGUAACGUCUACUCUCCCACUUGGAGCCUUGCCUCUGCAGCCAAAUUACACCUUGCAGACGCGCGUGGUAUCCUCAUCUUGGUUGGAAUUUGCGCAUGUGAAUCCACGACUUCAAUCCGGUACGCGAGCCGCAGUCGGAGCCUGAGGCGACAUCUGCGCAAGACGAUGGCUCACGUGCCCACUUACGCUUUGGAUUAUUUAUGUUCCCAA